AUGGCUGCUACAGACGAUGAUUUGAGUGAAUUUGAGAAAGACGCGCUUAUUUCUAAUAUGAUGAAGGAGAAAGCUAAAAUUACCUGUGAUUCGGCCGUGAAAGGUUGGUAGCUUUGUCGAUAAGAAACAUAGUAAAAUAGGUUCGGUCAUAUUCCAUAAAGAAAGACAGACCUGCCAACCCGCAAACUGAGGCAAAAAAUGGGCUCAUGCUCGGUGUAAAAACCUGUGAAACUCACGAGUGACGUGAAACAAUGAACACAAAGAGGCCAAUGAGAAGACAACACAAUAGAGCCAAGGAAAGUAAUAGCUAGAAAACAAAGAAAACUUCAAGGGUUUUUACACCGAGGUAAACCCCCAAAAAUGUGAGAUUAUCCUGAGCCUGGAGCUGGGAAAAGUAGUGAGAAAAAGGUAAAACGUUGUGAGAUGUUGAAGGACCUCCAGUUGGGAUCACCUAUCACUUUGAUGCGAGAGCUGUAAACAUCAGGUCAAGAUCAAUAAAUUUACGAUUAAGGUUUUGUAAUUUCUAUGUUUUGUUGGUGGCCAUCUUGAAACAAGAGAUUUAGGUCUGCACAUUUGGUGGCAGUGGCAAGUUGUGGUAGGCUAAGAUAAUCUAAUCAAAUGUGACCACUAGCAUUUUCUUUGGAUUGAGCUGGCUAUCUAUUGAUAUCUGACUAGGAAACGAACCCUUCAACUCCAAAAUAUUUUUAGAGUUUGACCUUAAGAGAAACUGUAGGAAAUCAUUUGCCAACUCGUGAGAGCGUGAGAUAUAGCUCGUGAAAUCAAAAGACUCAAGACAAAGUCAUGAGACUUGUUAAGUCUGGAAAGACAUGAAGCUUGCUGUAUAAAAGACCGUUCCAUAUAAUAUCCUCACCCACCCCUGGCCCUAACCCCCCUGGAGGUACAAUUGAAUUCUACCGUAAGAAAAAAAGAGGAAUUUUACCCAUCAAAGUGCCGACACAUUUGUUUAUUUAGAGAGGGAAGUAUUAUUGGUCAAAGAUACUGAUGAAAUUACCCUUUUGGAAAACCCACAUAAUUCUUCAUGAGUAUGAGUCUAAACCUAUAUUUUAUGGAAGCCUUCAGGGGUUAAUGCAAUUUUAUUUAAUAGUCAGGGAUAAGAAGAAAAGGUAAUUCCUCAACAGGGGGGUGAGGUAUGGAUAUUAAAUGUAAUAGCCCUACGACUCUUGAAUCGAUCUUGAAAACCUCCUCGCUUCCUUCUAGGAGUUCCCUGUACCUGAGAAAUCUGACAUUAAUUUUAAAGUGUAUAUAAAAAUAAUGUACUUGUCACGUUCAUGAUAUAUUUGCUUGUUGUCAUUUUUUUUCUAGCCUUUACAAAAUGUGCACAUCAGCGAACAUUUUCUUUAGCAUGGGCGUGUCGCAAAGAACACAAGGCCAUGAAGGACUGCAUGGAAAAAUUGUAAGAAGUAUACGUAAUAACUAGUCUUUUUGGACUGAACACCUUUCAAAGACUACAUUUUGUAUUAGUUGGUUGUGUGUGCUUCAGUGUACAGUUCUGGUCUUGUUUACAAAUUUUGUGGCACACUAAUUGGUAAAACGUUGAUCCCAUCCCCAUACGCUUGCCGAGAACUGCUUGCAGUUCCCAGCCAACAGCUACGACAUGGGUACAGUGGAGCUUGCACUUAAAGGAGUGCUUUGCACUCGCCUCGGCAGUAAAGGCAGGGUCUGUGAUCAUUAGUGAGACCGUGCUGGCUAUGCCAUGCUGAUGAGUCCUAACAAGGAUGAAACAGCUGUCCAUGGCUGCCACUGCCGAGGUGAUAUGGUUGUGCACAUGAGUAAGGUACUGGCCAUACUGCAGAGUUGGCAGUGUGUGCUUCAGUGUAUAGUUGUGUAGUCCUAGCAAUCCUCUUUUUGAAAAUCUAAUUCCAUAAUGUUAGUUUAAAAAAUAAAAUAAGUCUGUCUGUAAAAUGAAAUGAAUCGGGGUCGUGAAAUAGGGUCUCUUGUCUUAAUCCUUUAAACCCUAAGAUCAAAAUUUGAAUUCUCAUUUGUCGCCCUAUUCAUUUCCUAAAGAGGUAGUAGGGAGAAGUUGAUAAAAUAUCAAGCAAAUUUAUCUUGUGUGUCUGUAAUUCUCAUGACCACUCUGUUUUACAAAGCAUUGAUAUUACAAGGAGAAAUUUGAUGCUGAUCUCUCUCUCUCUUAGGGCUUAAUGGGUUAAACAAGGUAGUGAAAUGAAUAAUUUUGUCUAAAAGGGUCAGGGUUUAAAGGCAGCACUAGCCUGCAUGGCAGGUGUUAAAAGGGGAAAUUUGGGCGCACGAGAGUGCGCCUGGAGAGCCUGGAGAGGGAGAAAGGAAAAGAUUGCCUUUCCUUUCUCUAUCUCCAGGCUUUCCCUCUCCCUUUCUCCAGGCUAUGGCAGCACCCUCUACCCAAACUUCCUAUGAGUCUUGGUCCAUGCCAAGACCCCGUCAUUGGACUGGAUCCAUCUUCAUCAAGUGAUGAGAAU